AUGUUCGCCAGAAUACGCCAUCCCCAACCGCGCGCAGCCUCACGCUCCACCGAUACCAAUGCCACGCCUGAUCGCGAGCGCGAGCCACCCAGGAGCAACGCGGUGGAAACACCGCUCGUGAGCCCGCUCCAGAUGACAUUCGACUUCGAGCUCCCGUCGCCCUCCUCCACCAUCGCCGACGGCUACCCGCAGCUGUCGCCCUUCUCCCCCAUCUUCGAAAGUUCGCCGUCAGCACCAGCCCCCAGACCGCAGACCAGCACUGGACUUGGCAGUAUACGUAAUCAGGAUCAGCAUGGCAGACACGCUGGGCUUGGUUCUCCUGGAGCGCAAUCGCAGUCACCGCCGAUGCUGCCUCCCAUACCGAGAGUGGCUAGUGGCUACAUGAGCUCGCACCUGAACGAGAAUCUCAAGCAUGGACCGCAUAGUAGCAAGAUACCACAAGGCGGGGAGGCUAUGGCCCACAACGGCAGCGACAGCGCCAUGAAGGCACGCCUGAGCUUCGAUUGCCCAAUCGACAUGCUGCCGUCCUUCUCGAGGGAUCCAAGCUCCGCAUCGAGGCCCAAGACCGCUGGCGGCAUACCUACCUCCAGCACACCAAAAAUGGAGGCUUCACUGUUUCCGACCAAGGCCACUGCAUCGCUCUUCCCAUCGAUUCCCCCAAAGCAGGAGAUACCGCUGUCUUCUAUAUCGCCGAAUGUGCCUGCCAUGAACAGACAGUUCAUCGACAGCCGAGACAAGCCCUACAGUCAGCCGCCGCUGAGGCCGAUCAUGACACAGCACAACCAUAGCACGCCCAACCUGUAUCAGCCUCAAUCGCCCGCCAUUGCUCGUGGACCGACGCCAGUCUAUAGCUCUUCCAAGAACUUCAUAAGUCCGCAGCCGAGCCUGCAGAACUUAUCUCAACGGACCAAUCUGAGUGGCUCCACUGCGAGACCAAGCACACGAGCUUCUACGCAGACUGCACAGGCGACUUCUUCGGUGACCACUAUUGGUACUCCGUAUCAAGAUACUGCCGCCUCUUUCCCUCUACCACAGCAUGUCAUGACAAGACCUAAGACUCCAGGCGCAGCUGCGAGAAUCGGGGGAGUGUCUGUGCCUACCCACCACACUUCAUCCUCUAGGACAGCAAACGGCGCCAGACCUGUGGAAACGAAAGAACCCAAAAAGAAACGGCGGCUGACACUCAAUCCGAUGGCACUGCUGCAACGACGGCAGACGAGCCAGCUUCCCGACGAGCUGCUCAAACAGCGUCAGGAGCAAGAGCAGGCACUGCAGAGGCAACGUGACCUCUUGGUGUCUGGAGUGAAUAAGCCACCGCCUGAUUUUGAUCCACGGAUCAAGGGUAGGUUGAUCCAUGAUUUCAGUGCCCCAAGAGGCAAACGCAAUACGUUCGACGAGGUGAUGAUGGCGUCGAUGAUGGACGACCCUGUCGCAGAGGGCACUCAGAGCUCGCCCAUUGUGCCAACGCUUUCAAGCCACCCGCCCCGCCGGACUUCUCUUCCACAUCGCGGGUCCGACGGCGAGCAGAAUGAGCAACGAAGUGUGCACACGCCGGCUUUCAGAGAGCACCUGGAUGAAGCCCCGGAAUCUUCCAACCGAAUCAGCUCGAUACAAGCUGAGAGCCUCGAAAAUAAGGACUUUCUGCAACGGGCUAGCAAGCACAAUUCCGCGCUGACGAACUUCUCGCAGGAAAGCGCGACUCUGCCGCCUUUUGCUAGGAGAAGUCAAAUAUUGGAUCCAGGCCAGGCCGCCUUUUACAACGACGAGUCAUCCAAAACAUCGACCUCCAGCGAUCAGGAGCGUAGCUCCAGUCUUGGCUCCAUCAAUCAAAUAAGUCCGGUGACUGCGAGAAGCAGCCAGAUUGUGCAGCAGCUCCAGCAGGCCGAUGUUCGCCAGAGUCAGAGUCCAGUGUCUCCGGCAAGCCCUGGCAGACCCGGCGACACUUUUCGACCAGUCUCCGGGCUUAGUCCAACGCCGCCGUCCAGUGAUCAUGCGCAUUCCGUGUCUCAACUUGCACCACAGGCACCCAGUGAGAAAAGGCGGGGCACUAACGAAAUGACCUCACGGCCAUACUCUGUGGUAAUCGCACCACCAGCGAUAUAUACUGUUUCCGAAGGCUCGAACGAGAGCUCCCCGGUUCAAGGCCAUCCGCAAGACUUCAGCGAACAACAACCCCAAGUCAUAAUGCGAGGAGUCUCCAUUCGGCAGUCAGAAAGCCGUGAAGGUCUGGGCAUUGCAUCUCUGCCACCACCUUCAACGCCAGGCUCGCACAGUGGCGACAAUUCGCCUGGCGAGCAGUCAUCAAUUGAACGCACUAAUGGCAUCCCUACGCCUGAGAUGACCCCAGAGCCUGAGGCUGUGGCGUCGAUACAGUUCAAGCCAGACAGCGAGCAACAACCGAAGUUGGUGGAGAAACGAGCGUCUGCUGUCGGUCAUUCACGAAAAUGCUCAAACGUGCCAAGACAUGCGAGCACGGCGUCGAGAUUCUCGUUCCAGUUCGGUGGCAACGAAAGUGCAGCUCAGGAGCAAGCGCUGGAAGAGAAGCACCGCAAAAUGCGUAGUAGCCAGAUCGCACAAUCGAUGCCCAGAGGGCGUAGUCCAGACGAGGAUGAUGAAGACGAUUUCGAUGAGGAUGCCAUGUAUGACAUGGAUGAAAUGGAAUUGGAGCAUAGCCAGGACGAACCAGCCGUCGAGCCGCCGCCCAAGGCUGCCCAGAGUGCAAACUAUUUGCAGCAAGCGCGACAGGUCCUUCGACAGCAGGACAGUGAUGAUGAGUCUCACUACGGGGAGGAGGUUGCUGAAAUCACGGGUGAAGGCGACCUGCCCUAUCCGGAUCAUCCUGCCUUUCGGACACUAUCAGCAGUGUUCAACAACUGUUCACGACCCGACUCAUACGUCUCCCAGGGCGGUCCUGGAGGCUAUUGGCGUGAUAGCACCAUUGACAGCUACAUGCAGGACGACAGCAGCCAGGCAGACCAGGCGCCCGCCGCGAGCCAUAGCUUCAACUUCGGGAUGGAGAGCACCUCUGGCCAAAGUGUGGUUGGCACGGAACGAUCGCAGAUUGUGCUUUCCCCCAUACUGUCUGAAUCUGGCAAAAGGCCGACGCUACCAGCGAGAGACAGUGGCAACAGCGAACGCAAUCGUGCAGCAAGCGGCAUGAGCUUUGGUCAAGCGAGUACCACGGGUUCGAGUACCGAGCGAGGUGCAUCAGCUGGUGCAAGCACUGCAACGAUAGACCGAGAACAUAUUGUCAGCGGGAUGAGCUACUCCAGCAUCAGCGAAUCGGUCAAGUCACCAUUGCAGAGCACAUUCUACAAGCAAGCCGAGUCUGCGAAGUCAUCGCCCCAUAUCGCCUCGGAGCCUUUCAGUCCAUCGUUCCCAGAUGAACAUGACAGCUGGCUCAACGACAGCGAUCGUGUCAUGAGUGGGCGCCUCGCGUCUCCUCCGCAGAGUCCGCAGCGCGAAGCCGCGUUGGUCGGUCUCGAAGCGAAUAGCCGGACGCGCACCAGCUCUUCAGAUACCGAUGGAAGCGACGAGGACCGGGAACAGGCUGGUCCAGAGGGACAGCAUAUUUCAGGCAGGUCCGAGGUGAAUCAAAGCACAGCCGAAGACCAAUUCCAUUUUGGAUAUCCCAAGCGCAGUCCGUAUAGUGAUGGUCGGCGCAAUGGCUCGAUAUGCGCUCUCAGCUUCAGCUUCAGCGACUCGCCAGACAAAAGCCGACUGGGCUACCACUCCAAUGGUAGUGGCAUGAGCUUCGAGGAGUUCGCGAGAGGCGGAUUCUCUCAAGCAACCAGUCCAGUGUUGCCGAGCCACGAAAUUGAUCAAGCUCAAGGCAAGAUGCCCAGUCAAGCAGCAUCACUAGCGCUGACGCGAGGGUACGGUAAUAAAGGCGCGCUCAGUCCAUCGAGCAAGACCACUGGCUCCCCGACUUUGCCUUCUGGCCUUGGCCUGAAUAUGUUCGCAGGAUUUGACUUCGACGACCAGUCGUCAACCGACCAAGAGACGACGAGCACUGCCUACACUCGCACGACUUCUGCCAACACUGGUCUCCCCGCCGCGGGCAGCGAACAAGGGCAGCAGAGUCCUGCGGCACCUCGCGCAGACUCGAGCGCGCUGUCGAAUCACACAUCUCCCCGUUCUAAUUCUGCCAGUGCUGUGUUGCCGACCAUCGUUGCCCCUACCACUCAAGCUGUGACUAUGCAGACGAGCGGCAGCGAUGGAAGUCUGGGUGAAGCAGACCCCCGAGAAUCCGUGACGAGCCAGGACACGCAACCUACGCGGCAAGAUGUUACCUCUCCGGAAGGUGUUCGAUCUCAUGUCGACAUCACUGCGGAUGACAUGUAUUUCGACGAUGGCAACUUUGAUCAAGAUAUCAAUGGGGUGGAUCGUAGCAGCAUUGACGAAGACGCGUUCGAUGACGACAGGUUUCUCUCUCGGCCAGGAUUUAUGAAUCGCUACAUGCACAGUCGCGAUCACAGCGGUUUAUCUGCACUCAGCGCUGGAAGUGAUGGGCCUUAUCCCACAUUUCCCAUAGCGAAUGCGCAAAGAUUAAGUCAACGCUAUUCGCAGAUGAUGCUGGAGGAUCUGCCACUGCAAGCACCAGUCGAUCCCAGAUAUGUCCCUCAGCGCAACCCCUCGGAGGAUGCAAAGCGACUAGGCAUGGGUAGCAGAGUGCCGCCAGCACCCGUGCCAGAGACAGACAGGAAAGCUUUCACUCGAAUGCAGCAGAGUUUGCAAAACUAUCACUCUGCGCUUGCUGCUGCCGCCAAUAAAGCUGCAGCCGAGGGUCGCUUUGUGCGAGCGCCAAGCAUCUCUGCAGUGCACAACACGGACAACGGCCUGUCACUGCAGAUCAACGAUGGCCCGAUGAGUGAUGACAGAAGCGUAUAUGCCGCAAGCAGCAUUGGGGAUGACAGGAGCAUCUACUCGAACGGCGAAGACGGCGGUGAGAUUCACAUGCCAUAUCUCAGCACUGGCAAAGGCCCGGAUCGUAACGGCUCUACCGCCUCGCGUGCUACUCACUUGACGAGCUACAGCCCUACCAAAUUCAGCUUCGACUUUGGUUUCGACCAGGAUGCGAUUACGGACGACAUCAACGAUAAUGCAUUCACCGAUGAUGACAUGUUUGAAAACGACGACGAUCUCGUGGCUGCUGCGAAUGCCGAGGUACUUGCUAGCGAUGAUGGAGGGUUCUACGGACAAGAGUUUGGCUUUUAUGGAAGGCCUCGCAGCAAUUCCGAUGAACUGCGAGCCAUCAACGGCGGCUACUUCGGCGAAGAUGGUGACGACGGCUUGACACGUAACAAGAGCUUGAAAGAGCCCAGCCUCACUCCCAUUACAGAGCGGUCCGAGUUCAGCACUCGCAACAGCUUCGUAGGCUCGGGUUCCUUUGGUCCCGGCCAAUUUGGAACUCUGUCCCCGGCUUUGGCACGCUUCCCCCAUUCUCCAAUAGAUGGACACGCGCCAACAUCCUUCGACGAACUACGAAGACUACGAGGUCAAGCCUUCGGUGGCGGUGGCGGACCUCGCAGUAGCAACGGCAGCGCCAGGAGUGACAGCAACCGCUCAAGUUUCCAAUCCCUGCAAGCUCUCAGUCCCAGCGCCGAGCUCAAGCCCGGACCGCACGGUUCCGGCUACUUCGGUGUCCCACUACCAAUGCACUACGGCUACAACACCGACAGCACCAACGCCUCCCGCAACUCCAGCAUCCCAAACAGCGCCCAACCCGUAGCCUCCGGCCUCGGCUUCCAGUUCAGCGAUAGCCCGCAAAGCGCGGCUUCGAACAACAGCCUGCCGUUCGGCGGGGAUCUGGACGCUACACCUAGGAAGAACUCCAUCCCGAAGCUGGCGGAACCAACCACGGCGAGGAAGAUUGCGCAUAAUGCACAAAGUCAUUCACGAUCAGGCAGCGGGGCGGAUUCGGUUACAUAUGUCCGCGAGCCGGAUCCGGAGCGGAAUGGGAAGGAGCGUUGGGUGCUUGAGAGGAGGAGGACGAGUGAGCAGGGACAGCUUGAGUUGAUUGGGAGGGAACUUGUACAGGGUGGAUGGAUUUGA